UUUACAGGUUGUAAUUGAUGAGUUACAUUUGUUGUUAAGAAUUUCGGACGUAUUAAUUAGAAAUCUAUUAGGAAUUGGUCAGGCGCUAGACUUGAAAGACAUCACUACAAAAAAUAGCACCAGACAUGUCGACAUGAUAUGCAACUUAAUUCAAUCCUGUGGAAUAACGUUCCAUGUAUGGAAGUCUAAAACAAAGAAGGACGAGUUGGAUUGGACAUCAUUACGUGGUAGUGACCGUAAAAAGCUCUUAAACGAACUGCCAGCAAAACUGGUAAAUGUAUUUCCUAAUGAGCUUGGUCGGCAGUUGAUGAAACACUGGCUGGUUAGCAUUAUUUUUAUCAUAACUUAUAUUUUGAAGUAUAAUACAGGAUUUCAAAGUCAUUUAUGAGAUGAUUGGCAUCUCAAAUCCAACUGAUGAUGAAACUCUUACAGUACAGAGCAAAGCCUUACAGUGGAUACAGGACUUCUUAAAGUUCCCAUAUGAUGGUUACAGCAAGUCAAAUGUUACCCCGUACAUGCACGUUAUGGGAUAUCACAUACCUCAUUUAAUGAAAUGCCAUGCAGGUAUCAAACGAUUUAGCGGUCAAGGAGUUGAGAAGAAUAAUGAUUGUGCUAGGAAACAUUUCUUCUCUAGCAACCACCAAGAUGCUGCCAGAGACAUCUUAUUAACAGACAGCCGAGUGGAAGAACUGCAACAUGGCAAAAGAGCAAAGAGGAAAUAUGAAAAGAAAGACACAUCAUACUGGGAACUUGGUAUUAGAGAAAAGAGAAGAAAGAUAGAAUUCGAGCCUGAGCCAGACCUCAAGCCAGACACAUGUUAGAUCUAAUAGGGUGGUCCACUAGUUUUAUUACACAUUAUUAUUUAGCAUGCAUAUAAGUAUAAUAAUUAUGAAUUAUUGUUACAGUAUCAUGUAAAUCAAAAACAAUAUGGCCUAGGCAUGCAGUCAUGACUGAAAUGAUUUGACAAUAGUCAGAGAAAGAGUCUCGUUGAAGCCUCUGGUUCUGGGUGUCUUGUCACAGUAGAAUGACUUUUGAUGGUAUGAUACGUGGCUGUACAUAUAAAUUGGAAA